CAUUCUCCUCAAGUUGCCAUAGCAGCCUCUCUCCUGAUGAGCAGCUUCUCCUGGAGCCCUCAGCCGGGAGGGAGGGACGUCAUUGUUUGCUCCUGCCCUUGCGAAGAAGAGACUGACUGGACAGAGAACUUUCCCGGCCCAGGGUCCACACACCGAAUGGGUGCACCCAUGGGCACGUGGCCGGACGCCUCCUGCUGCCUCCAGUGGGGUGUUGGGGUGGGUCCCCACAGCCAGAGAGGGUCCUCUGGGUGACGGGGGGAAGCAUCCAGGCCUUGGAGCAGCUGCAGCCAAGCGUGUCCUUGGAGCCGUCCGUUCGUCUGCCUGCCGGCCGGUCACCACUAGAGACUGUGGCCUGAUGGACGCCUGGUGUGGACGAUGAGGGAAGAACUCGCCUCCCACACCCCGCAGGUGACCCUGGAGCAAGGCCCAGAUGCCCUUGCGUGUUGGAACGAUGCGGCUGGCCUGCAUGUUCUCAUCCAUCCUGCUGUUCGGAGCCGCAGGCCUCCUCCUCUUCAUCAGUCUGCAGGACCCCACGGAGCUCAUCCCCCAGCAGGUGCCAGGAGUAAAGUUCAACAUCAGGCUACAACAGCCCCACAAUGACUUCCCACCAGGCAGUUCUCAAGAUGGUGACUUUAAGGCACUCACAGAGAGGGUCACCCAAGACUUGUCCAGUCGGGCACCGAGAGGCCCCAACUUGCUGGUGCCUGACCAACCUCAAGCCCACCCAAACAUGGGGGCCCGUGUGCGACCCCGGCAGCGCCGCCGCCGGCUGCUUAUCAAGAAAAUGCCAUCUGCAGCGGCCAUCCCGGCCAACAGCUCGGCCGGUCCCUUUGUCCGGCCUGCACCCCGGGCCCUGGACGGCCAUUGGCUCAGCCUGCACCACAGGCAGCAGGAGCGCAAGCGGGUGAUGCGGGAGGCGUGUGCCAAGUACCGUUCGAGCAGCAGCCGCAGGGCGGUCACGCCCCGCCACGUGUCCCGUAUCUUCGUGGAGGACCGUCACCGCGUGCUGUACUGCGAGGUGCCCAAGGCAGGCUGCUCCAACUGGAAGCGGGUACUCAUGGUGCUGGCGGGGCUGGCCUCGUCCACCGCCGACAUCCAUCACAACACGGUGCACUACGGCAGCGCCCUGAAGCGGCUGGAUACCUUCGACCGCCAGGGCAUCCUGCACCGCCUGAGCACCUACACCAAGAUGCUCUUCGUCCGCGAACCCUUCGAGAGGCUGGUCUCCGCCUUCCGCGACAAGUUCGAGCACCCCAAUAGCUACUAUCACCCGGUCUUCGGCAAGGCCAUCCUGGCCCGGUACCGGGCCAAUGCCUCUCGGGAGGCCCUGCGGACAGGCUCUGGCGUGCGCUUCCCCGAGUUCGUCCAGUACCUGCUGGACGUGCACCGGCCGGUGGGCAUGGACAUCCACUGGGACCACGUCAGCCGGCUGUGCAGCCCCUGCCUCAUCGACUAUGACUUUGUGGGCAAGUUUGAGAGCAUGGAGGACGAUGCCAAUUUCUUCCUGAGCCUCAUCCACGCGCCGCAGAACCUGACCUUCCCCCGGUUCAAGGACCGGCACUCCCAGGAGGCGCGGACCACAGCGCGGAUCGCCCACCAGUACUUCGCCCAGCUCCCCAUCCCGCAGCGGCAGCGCACCUACGAUUUCUACUACAUGGACUAUCUGAUGUUCAACUACUCCAAGCCUUUCGCUGACCUGUACUGAGGCGCGGAGCCGACUGGCUGUGUGCGCCCUGCCCACCCAUCGCCUGUCCGCGGGGCAUUCCAUUCUCCAUGGUUCCUCAGCCAAGAGAUCCCCAAGAGCAACGGGGCUCCGAGGACGUGAGGAGCCGUGGCUGCUGCAGACCCCUGGUGGGAGCCAGAGGCCCAGGCCUUGGCUUGGGACCCUGGUCCUUGUCCCACAUCCACUUCCUCACUCCUGGCUCAGGAAGAUGCUGGGAGGUGGGCCGGACACCCCAGGAGUCUCAGCUGCCCACACCCAGCUCAGCCAAGAGUCAGGAUGACCAGGGAAGUCUGAGGCCCAGAGGACAAAGGCCCAGCGGUAAGGGAUUUACUGCAGUCCCUUAGCCAUUGCCUUGUACCAAACCGCAGGUUUGCAGCUUUUCUACUACGCAGGGGGAGGUUCCCUUGGAAUAAGGUUCCAAAUAAAGCACAUGGUUUC